UCAGGUUACGUCCAAGAGGAAGAUUUAAAGGAAGAGGAAGAUAUAAAGGAAGAGGAAGAAGAUGAUGAUGACAAUAACUCAACUGCUCACCUCCAAGGCAGCAAUGACACUGGCACGGAUGAGGAACACGAAAUGGGUCCUGAGCAGAAAGGGAACUUUAGUUACCAGAAUUCCCCUGUCAGUCAUAUAUCUAACCAGGAUGCAGAAAACGAAUCACUGCUAAGUGAUGGUAGUGACCAUGUGGCAGAUAUUAAAAGCAUUUGCUCUAGAGAGCCACAGGACCCAAAAAACAGCACCCAUCCCAAAGCCCAGAACGAAGCACACAAUUGCAUGGAUAAAAUGACAGCGGUCUAUGCCAACAUACUGUCAGACUCUUAUUGGACAGGCUUAGGGCUGGGUUUCAAGUUGUCUAACUCUGAGAAGAGGAGUUGUGACAACAGAAAUGGAGGGAACAAAGCUGAUUUUGAUUGGCACCAAGACGCACUGUCAAAAAGCUUACAGCAGAAUUUGCCUUCCAGACCUGUCUCGAAACCCAACCUAUUCAGCUCCGUCCAGCUCUACAGGCAGAGCAGCAAAAUGUGUGGAACUGUGUUCACGGGCGCCAGCCGGUUUCGGUGCCGGCAGUGCAGCGCUGCUUAUGACACAUUGGUAGAACUAACGGUUCAUAUGAAUGAGACAGGUCACUACCAAGAUGACAACCAUAAAAAGGACAAGCACAGACCUACCAGCUACUCAAAGCCCCGAAAAAGGGCUUUCCAGGACAUGGACAAAGAAGAUGCACAAAAAGUUCUGAAAUGUAUGUUCUGUGGUGACUCUUUUGAUUCCCUUCAAGAUCUGAGUGUUCAUAUGAUAAAAACAAAACAUUACCAAAAAGUGCCUUUGAAGGAGCCGGUACCAACCAUUUCUUCAAAAAUGGUCACUCCAGCAAAGAAACGUGUGUUUGAUGUUAACAGGCCUUGUUCACCCGAUUCCACAACAGGGUCUUUCUCAGAUACUUUUUCUCCUCAGAAGAAUGCCAACCUGCAGUUAUCAUCUAACAACCGCUACGGCUACCAGAAUGGUGCCAGCUAUACGUGGCAGUUUGAGGCCUGCAAAUCUCAGAUUUUGAAGUGUAUGGAAUGUGGAAGUUCCCAUGAUACCUUGCAGCAGCUCACAACACACAUGAUGGUCACUGGCCAUUUCUUGAAAGUCACAAGUUCAGCUUCGAAGAAAGGAAAGCAACUUGUUCUGGAUCCUUUAGCUGUGGAAAAAAUGCAAUCACUGUCUGAAGCACCAGCCAAUGACAGUCAGGUUUCAAAAUCAACCAGUAAAUCAUCUGCAGAAUGCAUAGCUCCCACCUCUGAACUAAAAAAAGAAAGUAAAAAAGAUAAAGCUGAUGAUGCAAACAAAGAUGAGAAAGCAGUAAAAACUGAAGAGUAUGAAGACGCUCUUCAGAAACCACUGGAUCCCACAAUGAAAUACCAGUACCUCAGAGAAGAAGAUUUAGAAGAUGGUUCGAAGGGUGGUGGGGACAUUUUAAAGUCCUUGGAGAACACUGUCACAACAGCCAUCAAUAAAGCUCAGAAUGGAGCGCCCAGCUGGAGUGCCUAUCCCAGCAUCCAUGCAGCUUAUCAGCUCUCGGAAGGAGCAAAGCCGUCUUUGCCUGUGGGUUCCCAAGUACUGCAAAUCAGGCCAACAAUCACCAAUAAAUUGAGGCCCAUAGCUCCAAAGUGGAAGGUCAUGCCUCUGGUCCCUAUCUCAGCAAAUGUGGCCCAGUGCACUCAAGUGAAGAAGGAAAUUGAUGAUAAGGAGGAGGUACAAAAGGACUAUGCUAAAGAGGGCAACCAAGCCGAGCCUGCCUCACUCAGUCAGAGCGAGAGAGAACCUCUCCUCAAAUCUGAAGCCUCUGUGGAGCCAAAAAAGACAGAACCAUGUCCCUUGAAAGAAGACGACAAAAUUAAAGAGGACAGCGGAAAAGAAAAAUCAGUCCUCAAGGAACCAACAGCUGCUUCUCUUAGUAAUGGUUGUGCUGCUGCCAACCAUUCGUCUGAACUGCCUUGUGUCAACCCUCUCAGUGCACUGCAGUCAGUACUGAAUAAUCACUUGGGCAAAGCCACUGAGCCUUUACGGCCUCAAUCCAACUCCAGCCCUAGCUCUAGCACAAUUUCUAUGUUCCACAAACCUAAUCUAAACAUGAUGGAGAAGCCUGUUUUAUCUCCUGCUCCAACCCCACCAAAGCCUGCAAGUGUAUCCAGGCACUAUUUGUUUGAAAACAAUGAUCAGCCUAUUGACCUGACCAAAUCCAAAGGCAAGAAAGCUGAGUCUGCUCAAGCACAAUCUUGUACUUCUCCACCUCAAAAACAUGCUCUGUCUGACAUUGCUGACAUGGUCAAAGUUCUUCCCAAAGCUACUACACCAAAACCAGCUGCAUCUUCAAGGAUCCCAUCUAUGAAAUUGGAAAUAGAUGUCCGACGCUUUGAGGAUGUCUCAACAGAAGUGUCCACUCUGCAUAAAAGGAAGGGCAGACAGUCAAACUGGAACCCUCAGCAUCUUCUCAUUUUGCAAGCUCAGUUUGCUUCCAGCCUCUUCCAGACAUCUGAAGGUAAAUAUUUAUUAUCAGAUCUAGGCCCACAAGAGCGCAUGCAGAUUUCAAAAUUUACUGGACUGUCAAUGACCACCAUCAGCCAUUGGUUGGCAAAUGUCAAGUAUCAACUUAGGAAAACCGGAGGAACAAAGUUUUUGAAAAACAUGGACAAAGGACAUCCAGUCUUUUAUUGCAGCGACUGUGCAUCUCAGUUUCGAACCCCAUCUACUUACAUUAGCCACUUAGAAUCUCAUCUAGGUUUCCAAAUGAAAGACAUGAACAGACUGGCUGUGGAGCAGCAAACCAAGGUAGAGCAAGAAAUCUCCAGAGUUUCAGUUCAAAGAUCUCCUGAAACAAUAGCUGGAGAAGAGGACACAGACUCUAAGUUCAAAUGUAAGUUGUGCUGUCGGACAUUUGCGAGCAAACAUGCAGUAAAACUUCAUCUAAGCAAAACACACAGCAAGUCACCAGAACACCAUUCACAAUUUGUAGCAGAAGUGGAUGAAGAAUAA